GAGGCUCUUUAUUGGCCUCGUCCUCCCCCCCGCCUUUCUCUUCCACACUCCACCCAGAAAUGAUCCAGUGAAACUAGGAGGAGGUGAAUCUCCUCCUCCCUCCUGCUGCUGCUCCUGCUGGUCUGGAAGGGACUGCAGGAAUCUCUGCUCUGCUCUGAGGCAGGGUCUAAGGAGCGGAGACCGUUCUGUGGAGAGGGGGCCGCUGUGGCCCGGGGUGUAGCUCUCCGAGUGCGCGGCGGGGUGCCUGGGGGGCUGCUUGGUUCCUUACCAUGGGGAAGGACCAGGAACUGCUGGAAGCUGCUCGCACUGGGAAUGUGGCUCUGGUGGAGAAACUCCUCUCUGGGAGGAAAGGAGGGAUCCUGGGCAGUGGAUCUGGAGCUAUUCCCUUAUCCAGCUUAUUGAGCAUCUGGCGAGGACCAAAUAUAAACUGCACAGACAGUUCAGGUUAUACUGCUUUACAUCAUGCAGCUUUAAAUGGACACAAGGAUAUAGUUCUCAAAUUACUUCAGUAUGAAGCAUCAACUAAUGUGGCAGAUAAUAAAGGUUAUUUUCCUAUUCACUUGGCUGCUUGGAGAGGAGAUGUAGACAUUGUGAAGAUUCUCAUCCAUCAUGGACCAUCACACUCCAGAGUGAAUGAACAGAACAAUGAAAAUGAAACAGCACUGCACUGUGCAGCUCAGUAUGGUCAUUCGGAGGUAGUUGCCGUUCUGUUAGAAGAGCUAACAGACCCUACAAUAAGAAACAACAAACUAGAAACACCUCUGGAUCUGGCAGCACUUUAUGGGCGCCUGCGUGUUGUAAAAAUGAUCAUCAAAGCGUACCCGAACCUGAUGAACUGUAAUACAAGAAAGCACACUCCUCUGCAUCUCGCUGCACGGAAUGGCCACAAAGCUGUUGUGCAGGUGCUUCUGGAGGCUGGAAUGGAUGUCAGCUGCCAAACAGAAAAAGGGAGUGCACUCCAUGAAGCUGCUCUGUUUGGAAAGGUGGAGGUAGUACGCAUUUUGCUUGAAACAGGAAUUGAUACCAACAUAAAGGACAGUUUGGGUAGAACAGUUUUAGAUAUUCUUAAAGAACAUCCAUCUCAGCAGUCACUUCAAAUUGCAGCUCUACUUCAAGAGUAUAUGGAAACAGGAAAUGCAAGUAUUUCAGAGGAGCGCCCACUGGAAUGCGCAGAACAUCAGUCUUGCAUUUUGUCCCCAGAAGUUCCUCCGUCUCCAAAGGCCAAAAGUGAAGCUGUGACUGGAGAAUUAUCAAAGCUCUUAGAUGAAAUCAAAUUGUGCCAAGAAAAGGAAUACUCUUUUGAAGAUCUCUCUCAUACAAUAUCAGACCAUUUUCUGGACAAUUUUAGUAAAGUAUCAGAGGAAGAACUUAUGACCAGUGGAAGCCAAACCAAGCUUAAUGUAAGGCCUUCUUCAACGUGUUUAACAGCAAGAGAGGAAGAAGAUGAUGAUGCAGGUGAAAAUACUUGUGGGCCUUCAGGUUUAUGGGAGGCGUUGACACCUUGUAAUGGCUGCAGGAACCUCGGGUUUCCCAUGCUUGCACAGGAAUCUUAUUCAAAGAAGAGAGGUUAUGCCCUGGAAGCAAUACCUUCUGUACCUCUGGAUGCAGUUCUUGCAGAAAAUAACAGCAGCCUUUGUGAUUCCAUAGAUAUAGCAGUGACCAAAAAGCCUUGUUCCCUGGAGAUAGCAAGAGUUCCCACUUCAAGACCAGAUAAUGCACCUCAGGUAGCAAUUACUGCACCAGGAUCUGGUAACCGUAGAAACAGCUCUACAGGCCCAACACCUGACUGCUCUCCUCCAUCACCAGACACUGCACUUAAAAACAUAGUGAAAGUUAUACGUCCUCAGCCCAAGCAGCGCACAUCCAUAGUCUCUUCCCUGGAAUUUCACCGAAUGAAUCACAGCCACAAUUAUUUUCAAAUCAACUCAUCCAUUGGCUGCACGAGUUUUGUUUCUACUCCUGCAAUCAGUCCAGCUAAUUAUUCCUUUGGAUCUCUGGAAUGCAAUGUUGAAGAAAGAGAGCUUCCAGAGCGCCUUUGCCAAGGAGAAACAUCCACUGAAAGUGAGCUUCCUAAAGGACACCCUGCUGAACAGUUUGCAGGUUUACUUCAUGGAUCCUCCCCUGCCUAUGACCCGCCUGACAACCCACUCCAGCUGUACAGCAAAGCAAGCCAGUGCAGCGGCCCACUAGAGAAAAGCAUUUUGAGCAAGAGCGCAGCGCAGCAGAUACAGCUACGGAAAGAAGGCAGCACUGAUCCUCCUGUUAAGAAAAAAAAGCCACCAGUUGUAAACAGAACCAUAUUUCAUACUAAAACUAAGCCAGUAGAAAAUCAUACGUUGGUUGCCCCCUCAGCAAGGCUAAGUGAACAAUGGGUCGUCAGCACUGGGGGGUUUGUGGAGCGAGCGUGCACGCUCGGGAGAAUCCGAUCCUUACCAAAGACUUUGCUGGAAAUGCACAUGUGCAAAAAUGUUUCAAAAUCUGAUUCUAACCUUAUCACCCAUCCACCAAAUGACAAAAAAGCAAGAAGCAACUGGAGUGAGCCAACACCAAAGCAGCAGUGCUCCAAAGGGAAUUCCGAGAGAACACCUUCCUUCACAUCAGAAUGGGAAGAGAUUGAUAAAAUCAUGAGCUCAAUAGAUGCUGGAAUUAAUACUGGACUGGGGGAGAUGAACGAUCCCACUACAAGACCCCGAUGCCCUGUCCAGACAGUGGGACAAUGGUUGGAAAAUAUUGGGCUACCUCAGUAUGAAAACCACUUGCUGGCAAAUGGAUUUGACAAUGUGCAAUUUAUGGGAAGCAACGUAAUGGAGGAUCAGGAUCUCUUGGAAAUAGGAAUCCUUAACUCUGGACACAGGCAGAGGAUACUCCAAGCAAUCCAGCUUCUCCCAAAGAUGAAGCAGAUCGGUCACGAUGGCUACAACCCCACUUCAGUAGCUGAAUGGCUGGAUUCCAUUGAACUGGGUGACUAUACCAAAUCCUUUCUAAUUAAUGGCUACACAUCGAUGGACCUUGUGAAAAAAAUCUGGGAGAUUGAAUUAAUUAAUGUCUUAAAAAUUAGCUUGAUUGGCCACCGGAAGCGUGUUCUGGCGUCUUUGGGAGACAGGCUUCACGAAGAUCCUCCUCAGAAACCACCUCGGUCAAUAACCCUCAGGGAACCCAGUGGUAACCACACUCCUCCUCAGUUGUCUCCAUCACUUAGCCAAAGCACUUUCACUACUGGUGGCUCCCUGGACGUUCCCCACAUUAUCAUGCAGGGUGAUGCAAGAAGAAGAAGAAAUGAAAACUAUUUUGAUGAUAUUCCCCGGUCCAAGCUGGAGAGGCAGAUGGCACAGGUAGGUCUGUGUGAUGGGGGCAGUUCACUUGAACAGUCCUUGGAGCAGAGACUUGGACCCAGAUCUUGUUUCUCACAGCAGUCCUCUGUCUGUGAGAUCUGGAGCAACCAGAAUGCAGGAUAUCCUUUCUCAUCGAUUCAUCAGGUUCAUAAUACAGGAGACUGGGGGGAGCCUUCAAUUACCUUACGACCUCCAAACGAAGCCACAGCAUCAACGCCUGUACAGUACUGGCAACACCAUCCAGAGAAGCUCAUCUUCCAGUCCUGCGAUUAUAAAGCAUUUUAUUUAGGUUCUAUGCUGGUAAAAGAGUUAAGAGGCACAGAGUCAACACAGGAUGCGUGUGCAAAGAUGAGGAAGUCUACGGAACAAAUGAAGAAAGUACCAACCAUUGUCCUGUCUGUCUCUUACAAGGGAGUCAAAUUUAUUGAUGCUACAAAUAAGAAUAUUAUUGCCGAGCAUGAAAUCCGCAACAUUUCCUGUGCUGCACAAGACCCUGAAGACCUUUCUACAUUUGCAUACAUCACUAAAGACUUGAAGACUAAUCACCACUACUGCCAUGUAUUCACUGCAUUUGAUGUGAAUUUAGCUUACGAAAUCAUUCUCACACUAGGACAGGCAUUUGAGGUGGCCUACCAGCUUGCACUACAAGCACGAAAAGGGGGCCAUUCUUCAACCCUCCCAGAAAGCUUUGAAAAUAAACCCUCCAAACCUAUUCCCAAACCACGCGUUAGUAUUCGGAAGUCAGUGAAUCCUCCUCCAUAAAAUUUUAAGAAAGAACGUUUCCUGAUGCCAUCAGCUGUCUCAGUAGCAAAAGACCUUCUCGGGAUCGAGCAUGGCUUGAAGGAACUAUGAUGCCCUAGAGCUUGCUGGUAGACACAGCUCUGAUCUAAACAGCAAAAAGAGGGCAACUGUGGGUACCUGGGAGUGUAGACCACUGCCCUCGCUGCUGUAGGACUUGUCGAUACAGGAUUUGUUCUGUGUUCUAUUCAUUUAAAGAAAAAUCUUCUGCUAGAAAUGGUGUGCACAGAGAUGGUAACCCAUGUUUGCGUUUGUC